CUCGUUUCCGGAAAUUGCAGCGUGACCGACGUUUCGUGUCUUUCGCAGACUUAAAAAUGCGUUACGUGGCCGCUUACCUCUUGGCUGUACUGCGUGGCAACAACAACCCAUCCACCAAAGAUAUCAAAAACAUCCUUGGGAGUGUUGGAAUUGAGGCCGAUGAUGAACGUCUUAACAAGGUCAUCAGUGAACUGAAUGGCAAGGACAUCAAUGAAGUCAUGAAUGCCGGCCUCUCUAAGUUAGCCUCCGUGCCAGCAGGUGGCGCAGUGGCGGUCUCUGCCGCAGCUGCUGGUGGUGGGGCCGCUCCUGCUGGGGAAGCACCUGCAGCGGAAGAAUCUGAGGAGUCUGAUGAAGACAUGGGCUUUGGCCUAUUUGAUUAA